GUGUCAUGGCGGAUCUGGAGAUUGCUCCAGACAAGCGAUCUCUCUGGCUGCAGGGAAAUGGGCGUAAGAAGACACGUCUUUUAGAUUCAAAUUCGAAUGAGACUUACAAAAUUUCUUUGUAUCCAAAAUGCUGCAGAACUAUGGUGCGAUAACUCAAGCUCUUAUUGGGACGCUUUUUACAUGGGGACUGACAGCCGCAGGGGCUGGUAUGGUUGUAAUGUUUAAGGGUACACAGCGUAAACUACUUGACACAAGUCUUGGGUUUGCUGGAGGAGUGAUGGCCGCUGCUUCAUAUUGGUCACUUCUAGCUCCUGCAAUAGAAAUGGCUGAAGAUUCAAAACUUUAUGGACAAAAUGGACAAUAUGCUGUUGUUCCUGUUGCUCUUGGAUUUUUAAUUGGGGCUCUUUUUGUUUGUGGGACCGAUUUCUUCAUUUCAUCACUUGGUGUACAUUCACCAAACCUCAUUUUAGCAUUGUCAUCUGAUGACAUGUCUCAUAAGGAAAAGGAUGACAGGAAUCCUUUGUUUUAUGACACACAUCAUAUGCAAACCACAGAAACAACAACAAUUGAAGGAUUUGGUGAGGUGCUAGCAAAUUCAAAUCCUGUAUCUAGAAGAAGAACAGCAAACAGUUCAGUACAUCAAGAACUUUACAAUCCAGCGAACGAAGGUCAUGAAAUAGCUACAAACCAUCGUAACAAGAGUCGGUGGAAGAGGAUAGUUCUACUAAUUGUUGCCAUUACUGUACAUAACAUACCAGAGGGCCUUGCAGUAGGGGUUGGGUUUGGUGCUAUUGGAAACUCACCAGCAGCGACAUUUGAAAAUGCAAGGGCGACUAUUCACAGCGCCGCACAGGAGCUGGUCUUCAAAAUAUGGAAUUGGAUUCAAGGUACUCAGGCGCUUCCUCUUCAGGGGAAGAGGACGAGGUAGAUGAAGGUGGGACUGACGUGAACAAUACCAUAAAAUCUGGAAUGGCUCAAGACAGAGGAUCGCCGAUUCUUUGCACAGGAAAGUGCAUGGCAGGCGAAAUAGAGGCCCUAAAGCGUGAGAGGGACGCACAACAACGAGAAAUUGAUGAACUCCGAGACCAGUGUAGGGAUACUUGGGCCCUGAAAUCUCAUGCCGAUAAAGUCACAGAAGAGAGGGACGCUCUCAUAGUAGAAGCAGAACUCAAUGCCCAGAUUGCACGGAAUUUGAAGAGGGAGAGGGACGCUCUGAGGCAUGAAACAGAGGAGCUCAAGGCCCAAUGUGAACACAUUGGUGAACUGAAAGAUCAGUUGCACAUUUUAAUGCAAAAAUGCCGCAAGAUGACAGAUGAAAGAGACGCUUGGAUAUCGAAAGCCCAAAGUAUGGAAGCGAAUGGAGAUGUGUUAAAGAGGGAGAGAAACGCCCUAAAACUCGAAACAAGGAAGCUCCGAGCCCAGGGUGAGAAAGCUGCACUUUUGGAAGAAGAAUUAAAGGAUGUAAAAGUGCAGCUUGCCUUCAUCGCGAAAGAGAGAGACUCUUUCCAGCAGAGGUACCGACGCUCAGAAAAGGACUCUAAAUCCAUGAAUAAGAUUAUAGAGGGCCUGAAACUUGAAGCAGAAGAGCUCCGUAAAAAGAACGAGAGUAAUGCUCUUCUGGAAAAGCAAUUAACCGCUGCAAGACGCCAGUGCGAUGCUGCAACAAAAGAGAGAAACGCUUUCAUUUUAAAGGCCCAGCAAGUAACCCAGACUAAAGGGACCCUACAGAUGAAAAUUGAUGCUCUCAAAGUCGAAGUCGAAGAUCUUCGAUCAAAAAAUAACGAAAGACAGUUACAGCAAGACGAACUGAGCGCUCUAAGACGGCUUUGCGACGACAUGGAAAGAGACAGAGACUUCUACAAAUUAGAAGCCAGACGGGCAGCAGAGACUAGGGUCGCCCAGACCAAAGUCAUAGACGCCCUGAAAUUGAAAAUAGAGGAUCUCCACGUCCAGUGCAAAAAGAGUUCGCUACUGGAAAAGCUAUUAAACACCGCAGACCAGCAGUGGGACAAUAUGAGAAAAGAGAGAAACGCUUUCAUACUGAAGGCCCAAAAAAGCAGAACGCAGUAGAGCGAACAUACAGAUGGAGAGGGAUGCUCUCAAACUUGAAAUAAAAAAUCUUAGAUCCAAGAUUAACAAUUAAACGCCACAAGACACCAGUGCCAAAAUAUGAAAGAAGAGAGAAACCCUUUCAUACCUAGAGCGCAAACCACAGCAGCGAAUAGUGAGGUCAUGCGGAAGAAUAGGGACGCUUACGAAAAUGCAAGAGAAAUAACGUGAACCCAGCGUCUCAAAAGGCUGUACAGGGACAGCAACUAAACGUUACAAGUGAAGACU